GUUGUUGUUGUUGUUGUUGUUGUUGUUGCUGUUGUCGAAACGUCGGGAAACAGACGGACUUGAGAGUCGGACUGCUCAACUUUGUAUGAUAAGAUCAACGUUCCGACGUGUCGCUGUGGAGUGCAAGUCAAUUGAGUUGAAGGAAACUUGUCAAAGAAAGCGCAUUGUCGAAAGGACGUCAUUUCAAACGACAAGUUUGCUCACAAAGGGAUCGUUAGGAAAAAGCGGUGCAACAUCAGCAGCUUGUAUCGCACAAGAUUGAGGUUACUUUGUGCAUCUGAGGAAGUCGGUGUGUAAUUACAAGUCGACAUUUCGGUGCAAUAAUUAAAAUAAGUGAAGUGGAUCAAUUGAGGACCGCAGUGCCGAGGGCACCUUUCUAGCGAGGAUGCGUCGAGGUUCCUCGGAGAACAACCUGGAUCUGGAUCUGGAUCUGAGCGAUGCCGUACCUGCUCCCUCUCUGGCCUUGGAGGUCCAGCGCAGCCGCUCCUGCUUGGACAACCUCCAGCAGAAGAUCCUGAAAGUGACGGAGCAGCUGAAGAUCGAGCAGACGGCGCGGGACGACAACGUGGCCGAGUACCUGAAGCUGGUGAACAGCGCGGACAAGCAGCAGGUGGGCCGCAUCAAGCAGGUGUUUGAGAAGAAGAACCAGAAGUCGGCGCAAAACAUCGCCCAAAUGCAGAAGAAGCUGGAGCAAUAUCACCGCAAGAUGAAGGACAGCGAACUCCAGCACACCCCGUCGCCGCAACCGUCCAGUGGCAAACACAGCACCAUACCCAGGGAGUCCCGGCGGGAGCUGCUGAGGGACAUGACGGGCAGCGGCCGACACCCGACCAUGGACAAGAUCAAGACCAUCGGACCCGGCGUCUCCCUCUCGCCCCCUUUCUUCUUCAGUAAACCCAGAGAAUUCGCUAACCUCAUCAGGAACAAAUUCGGCAGCGCUGACAACAUCGCUCAAAUGAAGACCUCCAUGGACGCAUCCGCACCGCUGCCUGACGAGGCGGCGGCGGCGAAGGGUCUGAGUGGCAGCGCCUCACUGGUGGCCAAGCCCAAGUAUCCCAGCGAUGACGAGUGCUCCACAGGGAGCGCCUCCAACUCGGCAGACAGUAACGGGCUCACGGCGGGCGCCCAAGGGCACGGCCAACAGGUGGGGGACGACGCCCACGGCGGACUGGCCGUGAGCCUGGAGGAGGCCAGAGUCAUUAAAGACGCACAGAACCAACUGGGCAAGGACAUGGAGGAGAUCAAGGCCCAGUUCAAGAGGGAGUACGGUGUCAUCAACCAAACACUGCAGGAGGAGCGAUACAGGUAUGCGCGUUUGGAGGACCAACUGAACGACUUGACGGAGCUUCACCAACACGAGAUGACAGACCUGAAGCAAGAGCUGGCCAGCAUUGAGGAGCGGGUGGCCUACCAGGCCCAAGAGAGAGCCCGCGACAUUCAGGAAGCUCUGGAGUCGUGUCAGACGCGGUUGUCCAAGCUGGAGUUCCAGCAGCAGCAGCAGCAGACGGUCCAGCUGGAGAGCGGCGACGCCCGCGUCCUCCUGGGCCGCAGCAUCAACAUCAUGUUGGCCAUCAUCACCGUCAUCCUCGUGUGCGUCUCCACCGCCGCCAAGUUCGCCGCCCCGCUCGUGAGGAGCCGCCAGCACGUCGUGGCCACCUUCUUCACCGUCUUCUUCAUCACCGUCUUCUGGAAGAACUGGGAGCGCUUGCAGUACGCCGUAGACCGAGUGCUGUUGCCUGCGUAACGACGACAAAACAAAUCAGCUGGGAGGUGAUUGGUUGUACAAUCGUCUGCAGGCGUUGGUCUCAAUUUUAAGAGUCAGACUCAAGUGAAAGGAUUUUAUUUCCGGUCUUCAGUUUGAAUCUGUCUGCCUAACAAUUCCAUUUAACCGCCAUCAUUCUAUUGCUAGUUUAUGAUACAGUGAACCCCCGUUUAUCGCGGGGACACGUUCCAGACGCACCUGCGACAAGUGAAAACCAGCAAAAUAGCAUUUAAAAAAAUAGUUUGAACCCUUCCACACGCUUGAAACACAUUGAAAUGUAUUAAAACACACUUAAACGUUUGAAAACACACUUAGGGAAGUAUUUCUUUAGCGCCUGUUCUCACUCUAUUACUUGAAGUAGGAGGUUAUCGUACAGUACAACAUCGCUUUGCGGAAACACAACGAAGACUCGCGCUCGCACGCUACUCCGAAUAAGAGGCAACGCGUGUAUGCUUCACGCGGUUGAAGUUUGUGAAAACUGUAAAACUGGCACAUAAUACAAAACAAAUUGCAAACGUAAACAAAAUGUUCAAGCAAACCAUCUAAUUUCAUCAAAUGAAAGUCUGCAAGCUUAAUGCUAACAUAUAAUGUGAAACGCCAGAGACAGGCUAACGGACCUUUGCACUGGUGUUAUGCUACAGUGGAUUGCUGCUGACAGCAAAUAGCGAAAAUCUGCAAAUUAAUGACUAUCUUAUAGUUGCCAUGAAAAAAAAAAUGUUUUGAAAAAAAAUCUAAAUCAGUAUCAAGGAGACUUGGCGAAUGUAUUAACCGAAUAAAACAGAAGGACCAAAACGACUUAGAAUUUAUUUUAAGCACAAAUAGUUGACUAAACUUGCCCCCACAGCCUUGAAGGAAGAAAAUAAAGGCUUUAACGCGAAACGUGACGCCAACAGGAAGUUGUCUCAAAACUUGAAGUACCCUAUUUAAACACACUCAGUCGUACUCACUGCAUCGAAAGAUCGGCCUUUGCAGAGGUAACGAUAAUGAUCGCCCUAAUCAUAAUUAUCGGGUAUCUGUAUCGGUAGAGUUAACUUUUUUUUUUUAUUUUUUUUUUUUAUAUAUAUAUAUAUAUAAAAGUUACUCAUUUUUUAAAUUGAGCUGAGCACGUCAUCCUCGUGCCUCACACUGGGACCAAGCAAGCCACGCUGAAUCCACCUUUUUUGUUUCUUAAUCAAUAACUGAGGCAUCGGCUCGUGACUCGGUAUCGGCACGACCUCCAGAUCAGGUGACCUGCACCCGGCCGAAAAAGCGUAACACGUCUUGUUUCGCGUUAUUUCUUGGGAUUGCGCAUAACACGUGUCGGCGUGCCGAAUGAAAUGUCCAAGCGAGUGUAUUUCCUUUGUAAAAGUUGCACAUAUUUAAAUCGACUAACCUUGCACAAAUUGUAAAAAAAAAUAAUAAUAAUAAUACAUCGAAAAAUAAUUUCUUCAUCACAUUUUCUUCAUCGGGUUCGAGUCCCGGCUCGAGCCUUCCCCGUGUGGAGUUUGCACGCGCGCACUCCCGCGUUCCCAAAAACAUUUUCACUUCAUGGAAGUCUCCAAAUUGUCCACAGCUGUGUUUGCUUGUUUGUUGAUAUGCGAUUGAUUGUUGCAAUAAUCGCCAAUCUUUUGUCAUCUGUCAUCCCCCCCUUCCGAACUAUUCCUGAAUGGAUGAAUGUUUUUAAUUCGUCAUCUUUUUUUGGUUUUGUUUUUAAUGUUUUUUAACGUUUCCUGGUGUUUUUAAAGUGCAAUAUACACGACAGUGUACAUCAAGUUUGUGUUUAUUGGGCUUUGGGUUGAAAUUUCAGGAUGAACUUCAAUUAUUGUUUCAUUAGCUUUUUCUAUUACUCCCCCCCCCCCCCCCUUCCCUUUUUUAAUAUGGAUCAUCGAAAUAAAACAUUCAAUUCAAUUCCAUUCAAUUCAAAUAACAUAUACCUCUAUGCCUUUCUGUGAGUCUUCCAGUAUCUGAGGUGACCCUUUGAGAACAUCUCGCUCGAGGCCUUCUGAGGCCGCCAUAUUUGAGGUUCAUUCUGAAGCCCAAUAUCACGAAUGUUUUGUGAGUAGCGCAUUUUCUUUUCUUUCUGCGAGCACUUCUUUUUGUUUUUCUUUUUCUCUCUCUCUCUCUCUCCCUCCCUCCCCCGUUUGUACUUCAUCGUACGAAUGUUACUUGCGACGAGACACCGGCGUUACUGGAGGGCGGUCGCGGAAGCGUCUGUCGUGCUGCCGGAGAUCUACGAGCGCUUCAAGCUCCUGCUGGGAUCUGAUAAGACCUCAUCUCGUCUCUCCGGGGCCAAAACAUCAAUCCGAGACCCCCCCCCCCCCCCCUACCUUUGGCCAUUUCAGGCACACAAAAAACUCAGCACAGUGGCCUACCUUCUUUUUUUUACUAAUAUGUGAUUGUUUUGUCGGGGGUUAAACUGUGAUACAUUUUUUUUGUUUUUUUUAAAGCUCAAAACAACCUUGAAGGAAGGCGGGAGCCCAUUCCAAAAGGAGCUUGGCAAUAAACUACAUUAAUAAUAAUACUAAUAAUUCUUGUUCAUGUGCAGAAGUGGUAAAAGUAAUCAAAAAAAGACCGGUUAAUGUGGAAGUACUGAUCCUUUUGUAAAAAAAAAAAAUAAAAAAAAUACUGAUUCGAGUCCUUUGCCUAAAGUAAAAAAACAAAACCAAAAAAAAGUACUCCCAACCUGUACUUUGGUAGAAGUUCAGAUGGAGGCAAAAUCGACUCACUAGUAUUUGUACUUGGUUACUUCCCACCACUGUUCAUGCGAUAACCAAUGUUUACUUUUCUUACGUGUCUUUUUUUUUUUUUUUUUUUUUUUUUUUUGUUCUCUUCUCUCCAACUUGGUCUACCGAGGUGGCACGGUGGUCGAUCGGUUAGAGCGUCUGGACUCACAGUUCUGAGGAGCGGGGUUCAAUCCCUGCCCCCGCCUGUGUGGAGUUUGCAUGUUUUCUCCGGGCACUCCGGUUUCCUCCCACAUCCCCAAAAACAUGCGCGGUAGGUUAAUUGAAGACUCUUAAAUUGCCUGUAGGUGUGACUGAGAGCAUGAAUGGUUGUUUGCUUGUACGUGCUCUGCGAUUGGCUGGCGACCGGUUCAGGGUGUACCCGCCCCCCCCCCCCCCCCCGAAGAUAGCUGGGAUGAGGACAAGCGGCUCGCAAAAUGGAAGGAUGUAUGGAUGGAUGGUCUACCGACUGAAUCUUAAAUUUUGCCUUCAAAACCCACACUUGGCGGUCAUAAUAUUAGGUACACCACAGUUGGUAUCCAAUGCUAAGGGCUUGAUGAAAUAAUAAUAAUAAUCAUAAAUACAUGAAUAUCAAUGGCGGCCAAGUUUUGAUUGACGCCGUCAUUCCCAAAACUGAGCUUUGUUCUCUCUCGGCUGGCGUGAGAUCGUGCUGCAGGUGUAUCUAAUGAAGCGGCCCGCCGAGUGGGCAAACCUGGUUUACGUUAACCUCUCACCUCUGGUGCACAAUGUGAUCAAACCGACGCGAUGGAUCGUUUGCAUUUCCGCGCAUCUGAUGUGCCUUUUGUCUUACAGUGAUGAUUGUUACAUUAAAAAACUUUUUAAUCA